CCAAAUACCAGUACAAGUGGUUGAAGCUGCAGCAACAGCACUGACCCCAGAUCUACUUGAGCAGCUGGUGACAAAGGUUGCUGAUGUUGUGACACAGAGACUAUCUGGAAGUUCCAUGGGUACCAAUCCAACCACUUCGGUCAGCCUACCAGGGUCGUCGAGUCCACAUCCGCCAGAUGCAAGCAUUCUACAGCAGCCAGUAGACCACAAAAUCUUGCAGGAAGUCCAACCUACAAUAGAUUCCCUGGUCGAAGUAGCUGUGGUGCAGUCCCAAGAAGCUAUCGCAGGUAUACGUUAUGGUGAUACACCAUCUAUUCCAAAAACUAGCCUGGAAAUAGAUUCUAGAGUGAACGAUAGC